GAUCCGUUCCGUUGCCAGAGCCUAGCCAAACGACCAGUCUGCGAUUGUCCGCGACCGGGUUCAACUGCGACAUCGUUCGCUGUCGACAGUUUCUUGUCCUCUCCUCUCAAUCCCAUCUAAUCCUCUCCUAUCCUGAAAGAAUCAAUACAGAAUCUCCGAUCAUCAAGAUCUAAUUUUGUUAGGAUUAUUUAAAAAAAAAAAGCUUAUGGUGUCACUGAUUAUCCGGAGCUGAUCAUCUGGACCGAAAAUAGAUCCCAAGUCUCUGAUUAUCCAUAUUCAUUGAUCAUUUGGGUCUACUCUUUAUCCUAAUCAACAUUACCCCGCUCCCAGGAUUCAAUUUCAGCCAGUUUCUAUCUGGAUCCGCUGAUCAUCUGAAUCAGUUCUUUGGAUAAAUCAACAUUCGUUACAGCCACUGAUCAUCUGGAAAUAUCGAUUAACGAGAUCCACUGAUAAUCCGUAUCCACAAUCUGAUUCGCUAAUUACCAACCGAAAAAAGUACAGAGCCCUUUGCAAUCGUUGAUCCGCCACUAAUUACCCCCACCUAAAUUUUCCUCCUGCGUCUUAUGCGUGUCCCAGCAUCGCAUUGAACCCACGAGUGUUUUCGCGCAUCUUCGUCAAAGAGAGCAAGCCGAGAUACCAUUCGGACGUUCACGUGAAACAUGAGAGUAGGAAACUUCGUUCUUAAUUCGCAACAUCGAUUCGAGACUUCAACUUGCCAACUAUAAAGUGCGAAUGUGGUGGACGAUCUCGGGAGGUUUAAUAGUUCCAGAAGCAACAGUUAAAAUUUCGCACGAACUGGAACGAGAAAAGAUCAAUUUGAUGAACAGGGGAGAGAGCCGGUGAUGGACAAUGAGCAACCGCACCAAGAGCUGGUCAAGUGCGUGGUUGUUGGGGACACGGCCGUCGGAAAAACCAGACUGAUAUGCGCUCGCGCUUGCAACAAGCAUGUUUCAUUAUCGCAAUUGCUUACAACCCACGUGCCCACGGUGUGGGCCAUCGAUCAGUACCGAAUUUAUAAGGACGUUUUAGAACGAUCAUGGGAAGUCGUAGACAAUGUCAACGUCUCAUUACGUCUUUGGGACACUUUUGGCGAUCACGAAAAAGAUCGGCGAUUCGCCUAUGGAAGAUCUGACGUUGUCCUACUAUGUUUUUCCAUAACAAACCCCGUAUCCUUACGGAACUGCAAAGCGAUGUGGUAUCCGGAAAUACGACGGUUUUGCCCACAAACACCGGUACUACUUGUGGGUUGCAAAAACGAUCUGCGAUACAUGUACCGCGAUGAGACUUAUUUAAGUUACUUUCGGGAUCGCAGCCCUUUCGUGAGGGCUACACGCAAAAGCGAUUUGGUGAUGCCAGAUGAAGCACGUGCUGUUGCAAGAGAUCUGGGAGUCUAUUAUUAUGAGGCUAGCGUUUUCACUUACUAUGGUGUAAAUGAAGUUUUUGAAAACGCCAUAAGAGCAGCUUUAAUUGCGAGGCGUCAACAACGAUUUUGGAUAACAAAUCUCAAAAGAGUACAAAGGCCUUUACUUCAGGCUCCCUUCUGUCCACCAAAACCGCUCCCACCGGAAGUGUGCCUAGCACCCAGCACUUAUGAAGAAAAUAUGAAAGCACUGUGGUCCAAACCUGUUCACACUGAUGUCGCCCUCAUAGCCGGUAAUUGUUCUUUACAAGCACACCGCUGUCUUUUGGCAGCGGCUUCACCUGCUUUCCAUCGCCUAUUUUCAAUGGAGCUCGUCCAGGAAUAUACACCUCGAAGUUCCAGCGAAUCCAGCAUGGUCAGCACUUUUGGCGAAGCUACUCUUGGAGAAUUUAAUGAUGACACCGAAUGUUUGAUCCGUAUUGAUCAAAGUAAGCCAACUAAAGUUUGGGAACAGAUAAAGAGACGGUCUAGCUUCCAAGUACUGCCAACAGUGGAUAAUCAGAAAAAAUCCACUGGAGCUACAAGAGAACUGAAUCAUCCAGCCUUCCAAAGUAUCCGCGUGGUCGUGAUUGAAAACACUUCAGGAGUACAACAACAAGCAACAGUGAUAACACUUUCGAAACUCGUGACACCUCAGGCUAUGCAGCAGUGCUUGCAAUUUAUAUACACAGGCAGUUUAGACAAAAAAUACCACGAUUUACAAACAGCUCCUAUCGGGCUUCUACUGGAAAUUAGACAAGCAGCUGAAUUUCUUGAAUUGCCACAGUUGCUAAUGGUUAUCAACAGUAUUCAGACUAGAGAACAACAGUUUAUCACGAGCGAUCUUAACAAUCAGUAUAAGCAGGUUGUGCGACAAAGGUUGGAAAGUCUUUGUCUGGAACAAGGAUUGUUUGCUGACGUUGUAUUUGAUUUAGAUGAUGGAAGCAUGCCAUCUCAUAGAGCAAUUCUUACUGCGCGUUGUGAUAUGAUGAAAGCAAUGUUCUCUGGUGAUUUUCGUGAAAGCAGUGCAAAAAUCAUUGUAUUUCCGGGUGUAAGAGAGUACACCUUCCAUAAAUUGCUCUGUUAUCUUUACACGGAUGAGGUGCCUGCAAUAUCUUCAACAAAAUGUUUGAAUUUAUUAGAACUGGCAAACAGGCUUUGCUUACCACGGCUUGUAAAUCUAGUGGAAAAUCGAGUAAUUGAGGAUUUGGAUCGUAUUUCACAGAGUGAUGGAAAUGAAGCCGUGGAAAUCUGUUUGAGAUUACUGGAACCAUGCAAGUUGCACAAUGCUGAUCAACUGGCAGAUUGGUGUAUGAACCACCUGUGUGUGAAUUACAACAAACUAUGCAAGAUGUCUCCAAAAAGUGUGCGUCUUCUGCAUGCAGAAAAUCAAGAAUAUCUGAGUGAACAUCGCUGGCCCCCAAUAUGGUAUCUGAAAGACUACGAUUACUAUCAAAAAUGUUUGGCAGAACAAGACAAGGAGAGCAAGCCAAGUUUAAAAAGAAAUCGAAAUCAAUCAGGUUGUCUUUGUUUUUCCUCGUCGACAAAAACCAGACGAGAGGGAAAUAAUGUGGUAAACGAUACACCACCUGAUCGUCCAUUAUUCGAUGCGUCAAUCGAAUCCGGAGAAAAUAUUUGACAUGAGCCAAGCGGCCUGAGCCGCUCUGUCAGGUUUAUACUGACCUUUCCAGUGCUCAUUGUAUUUAUCUGCACUAUUUUUACCAUUUUGAUACUGCUACAGAUUUAUACUUAAGGUCGAGUAAUUAUAAGGCGUACGUAUACAUUAUUAUAAUAUUAAUCGAGGACUUUUGAAACUGAAACCGUAAACAGCUUCUCUGCAACAUCAGCUCUCAUUAUCAUAUCUAUGGUCGAAAAUUCAUCGACUCUCAUAAAUAAAUUGCAAAGUGAUAGAAUAUCCAAUACGUAUACCAUAAUGGUAUGGUAAAAUAAUAUUACUAUAAUUCUAACAGAAUCUGGAAACCUUACCUCGCCACUUCUAUAAACUUUUUCUACAAAAGUGAGCAAAUAAUCCUGGAUAUCAAGAAAGGGGACGAAUUUGUCCCUUUUUUUAAGGGAACACUAUAUAUCUUGAAUUUUUCACAUUAAUUUUAAUUUAUGACUUUCGUUAUUAUUUUCUCCUUAUUUUAAAAGCAUUGUAAUAUUCAAAUAAAAAGACUCUAUUAUUCUAAUAUUGCAUUUUUUUGUUAGGUCCAAAUAUGAAAUCAAUUAAAAUAGUGAAUUAAAAAUCUUGUCGUUUGUAAUUCAACUUUUCUGAAUCCGCUAUAAUAAAUCGUGGAUGUACCAAAAUAAUUUUACAGAAUU